CAAAUAGGGCAAGACAUCCCACUGAGCCUUGGGGAUGCUGCUGAAAGAACAGACAUCCCACUCCGCCGUGGGAGUGGUGCCCGAAAAGGAAGUGCACCAGGAAGUGCAUCGUAAAGGUUUUCUAUAACCACAGAGUCCGUUAGGAUGAGGCUAAAACCUAGUAGAUGUUUAUAAGACGAGAGCCAGUCUGUCUCCAAGGGAACUAACUCUCCAGUCACGAUGAAGAAACAGAACGUACGCACCCUUGCUCUCAUCAUGAGCAUCUUUACCUACCUGCUGGUCGGGGCAGCCGUCUUCGACACCCUGGAAUCUAAACAGGAGAGAAGCCAAAAGAGAAAGCUGGACGAGAGGAAGUGGGAUUUAAUACAAAAAUACAACUUGACCAAAGUGAACUUUGACGAGCUCGAAGUCGUGAUGUUGCAACUGAAACCGCACAAAGCCGGGGUGCAGUGGAAAUUCGCCGGAUCUUUUUACUUCGCUAUCACUGUGAUAACUACAAUAGGGUACGGCCAUGCUGCACCCAGCACGGACUCAGGGAAGGUGUUCUGUAUGUUCUACGCCCUCCUGGGGAUCCCCCUGACCCUCGUCAUGUUCCAGAGCAUGGGAGAACGCAUCAACACACUGGUCCGCUUCCUUCUCCACCGGGCCAAGCAGUGUCUGGGCCUGCACCACACCGAGGUGUCCAUGGCCAACAUGGUGACCAUCGGCUUCUUCUCCUGCAUGUCAACGCUGUGUGUCGGGGCGGCAGCCUUCUCCCACUACGAGGGCUGGAGCUUCUUCCACGCCUACUAUUACUGCUUCAUCACCCUGACCACCAUCGGCUUCGGGGACUACGUGGCGCUGCAGAAGGACCACGCCUUGCAGAACGACCCGCGCUACGUGGCCUUCUGCUUUGUGUACAUCUUGACAGGACUUACCGUGAUAGGAGCCUUCCUCAACUUGGUGGUGUUGAGGUUCUUGAUGAUGAACACUGAAGACGAGCGGCGAGACGCCGUGCAGAAAGCCCUCCUCUCCACGAGGGGUAAGAAGAACGCCGACGGCGGUCUGUCUGCCGUUUCUGUCUCCACUUCCUCCUCCACUCCACUAGCCACUACUACCAGCGGCACCAAGCGAGGCCUGAAGGAUGUGUACAGCGAGGUGCUGGGCUUCCAGACAGUGUGUUCGUGUCUGUGGUACCGCAGCAGGGAGAAUCUGCAGGGCCAGGGAUCCAUCCCAAUGAUGAUGGGCUUCUCUGACCACUACGUAGAGAACAGCACCAUGCUCCCCCCUCGCUGGGACAUGGUGUCCUCUCACUACUGCGAGCCGGGUGAUACAGGGUGUGUAUGCAGCCCUCACCAGUGCAUCAGUUCCAUAGCCUCUGGCUUAAACUUCCUCGCCCCGUUCAGGGCCUUCGCCAAGAGACGCAGCUCGGUCUAGACCAGGCCAAUUCAAAUCUGGGACAUCAAAACCAGUUCCGCUGCUGAUUUUGAAUUCUUCCCCUCUAAUCAGGGACUGAUUUAGACCUUGGACACCAGGUGGAUGCAAAUAAUGAUCAGGUAGAACAGAAAACCAGCGGUACUCUGGACCUCCAGGCUGGGAUUUGAAGAUCCCUGGCCGAGACUCAGUGAUCCCUGGUCGAGACUCAGUGAUCCCUGGUCGAGACUCAGGGAUCCCUGGUCGAGACUCAGUGAUCAGGUCAGAUUCCUUUAAGCACCAAACAGAAACUGGGAUAGACUACCUGAACUGGGAUAGACCACCUGAACUGGGAUAGACUACCUGAACUGGGAUAGACUAUCUGAACUGGGAUAGACUACCUGAACUGGGAUAGACCACCUGAACUGGGAUAGACUAUCUGAACUGGGAUAGACUACCUGAACUGGGAUAGACUACCUGAACUGGGAUAGACUACCUGAACUGGGAUAGAAGUGUCUGCUCUCACUGUAAAGACUGGAGAAGAAGUGUCUGUUCUCACUGUAAAGACCGGAGAAGAAGUGUCUGUUCUCACUGUAAAGACUGGAGAAGAAGUGUCUGCUCUCACUGUAAAGACUGGAGAAGAAGUGUCUGCUCUGCUUCACUGUAAAGACUGGAGAAGAAGUGUCUGUUCUCACUGUAAAGACCGGAGAAGAAGUGUCUGUUCUCACUGUAAAGACUGGAGAAGAAGUGUCUGCUCUCACUGUAAAGACUGGAGAAGAAGUGUCUGCUCUGCUUCACUGUAAAGACUGGAGAAGAAGUGUCUGCUCUCACUGUAAAGACUGGAGAAGAAGUGUCUGCUCUCACUGUAAAGACUGGAGAAGAAGUGUCUGCUCUCACUGUAAAGACUGGAGAAGAAGUGUCUGCUCUGCUUCACUGUAAAGACUGGAGAAGAAGUGUCUGUUCUCACUGUAAAGACCGGAGAAGAAGUGUCUGUUCUCACUGUAAAGACUGGAGAAGAAGUGUCUGCUCUCACUGUAAAGACUGGAGAAGAAGUGUCUGCUCUGCUUCACUGUAAAGACUGGAGAAGAAGUGUCUGUUCUCACUGUAAAGACUGGAGAAGAAGUGUCUGCUCUCACUGUAAAGACCGGAGAAGAAGUGUCUGUUCUCACUGUAAAGACUGGAGAAGAAGUGUCUGCUCUCACUGUAAAGACUGGAGAAGAAGUGUCUGCUCUCACUGUAAAGACCGGAGAAGAAGUGUCUGUUCUCACUGUAAAGACUGGAGAAGAAGUGUCUGCUCUCACUGUAAAGACCGGAGAAGAAGUGUCUGUUCUCACUGUAAAGACCGGAGAAGAAGUGUCUGUUCUCACUGUAAAGACUGGAUAGAAGGGCUAUGUUAUGAUUAAAGACCAGCCAUCUUGUAAUCUCAGGCUGUUUAGGUAAAAUCACUGCAGUCCUCUUCAGUGGUGGAAAAAGUACCCAAUAGUCAAACUUGAGGAAAAGUAAAGAUACUUUAAUAGAAAAUCACUCAAGUAACAGUCACCCAGUAAAAU